CAUGCGUACGCACCUGAUUCCAGUAUUUCACUUACUCGACGUCAGAGCGCACUAGCGGAGUAUAGUCAUAUGUUAGCAACAUGGCGGGUGUGCUGUUCGAAGAUAUUUUCAACGUGAAGGACAUCGAUCCAGAGGGCAAGAAAUUCGACAGGGUGAGCAGACUUCAUUGCGAGUCAGAGUCAUUCAAAAUGGAUCUCAUUCUGGACAUCAACAGUUGGUUAUAUCCAAUGGAACUCGGCGAUAAAUUUCGCCUUGUGUUGGCGACGACGUUACGUGAGGAUGGAUAUCCAGAUGGUAACGAGUGGAAUCCUAUGGAACAGGAAGGCGGUUCCAGGGCUGACAGCUUUGAAUACGUCAUGUCCGGCAAGGUGUAUCGAAUCGAAGGCGACGAAGCCAACAACGAGCCCAGCAGCAGAUUAUCAGCCUAUGUAUCUUUCGGAGGUCUGCUUAUGAGGCUACAAGGCGAUGCAAACAAUCUACACGGCUUUGAAAUUGACCAACACAUGUAUCUACUAAUGAAGAAACUUGCAUUUUGAUAUUUCUUGCCAUACAUUGUUAAUUUUUCAUUUGUCAAUUUUUUCUCAACAAAUAUAUCUCUCAUCGACGAAAUUUUCGUUUUUCAAUAUGUAACACGAUUUAUUAGUCUUUUUACAAUAAGAUUGAUAAUUUAUAAUAUUUGUAUGAAAUUUUCUUUUACUCCAAAGAUUUACUCGUGCACAUUCAUAUACAAUAACUUUACGUUCUAAUUAAAUUAUCGAUUAACUUAAGUUUACUACUGCCAUAAUUAUUACUAGAAAAUUAAGGAAAUAAAAAUAAUUUUUAUAUGUAAA